UGGCAAUCGCGCCCGAUGCAAGCCCGAUAAAGAGCUCUACUUUUCCAUCUUCCUGGCCAGUCAUAGGCGACAACUUGACCUGUAUUCCUGUGUAGCCUUCCAAUUGCUGGACGCGCAUAUCGUUCAACUGAUCCGAUGCUAGCUACCAUUCGAGUUGUAUACCAACUGCGUCCAAAAUGUCUGCCGAUGACCAAGCCUUCCUGGACGUGCUAUCGUCUUUGCCAAACGAUAUUCAAAAGUACUCCAGAGAUGUCGCCGACUUCGUUGACAAACACGUCGACCACAUAGCCGAUACUCUGCGAGAUGCGCUCGCCAAGUCGCCAUGGGUCCCCGAGCAGUUCCGCCCAAGGUCCCCGCCCCCGCCUCCCUCAAUUAUAAGCGUGCCGACAUCUGCCCUCGAAAAGGUACAAGACUGGAUCUCGAGACACAAGCUCUUGGUUGGCUUAAUUGUCGUGACUAGCGGCGUCGUGGUCUACCGAACAUAUCGGAGCAGCGCACAAUGGCGGAAGGCGCGGCGGGCUAAACGGGCUCGCAGCGGUGGCCGGAUGGAGGUGGUGGUUAUUGCCGGGUCGCCAGCACUGCCUCUGACGCGGUCGCUGUCGUUGGACCUUGAGCGGAAAGGAUUUGUCGUCUUUGUGGUCUCUAACAGCCACGAGGACGAGGUCAUGGUUCAGAACCUGGCACGGCCGGACAUUCGGCCACUGAGCAUUGAUACCACUGAUCCCCCGAGCGCCGGCAACUCCAUCGACAGCUUUGCCCGCUACCUCCAGUCUCCCCACGCCGCCAUUCCAAACGGCAAGCGGCACCAUCUCUCGCUCAAGGCGGUCAUCCUCAUUCCCUCCCUCAACUAUCAAACCUCCCCCAUCGCCACCAUCCCACCCUCAAGUUUUGCCGACCUCUUCAACACCCACCUUCUCCAACCAAUCCUCACAAUCCAAGCCUUUUUGCCACUCCUAACCGCCCGGCUCAGCCCGCCCACCGACAAAGAACGGCCGAGCCCCAAGGUUCUCGUACUGACGCCGUCCAUCAUCUCCUCCAUCAACCCACCGUUCCACGCACCCGAGGCAACAGUCUGCUCCGCUCUCUCAGCCUUCACCGAGGUCCUGACGGCCGAGCUGCGGCCUCUCGGAAUCCCCGUGACCCACAUGCAGCUGGGCACCUUCGACUUUGCAGGUUUCACACCGGCCGCCAACUCCCGUCUCCUCCACCCCCACGGCCUUCUCCCGGCGCCGGAUGAUGCCGAGUCGCUUCCCUGGCCGGAUUCCGCGAGGCACGCGUACGGCAAGAACUUUGUCUCGCAGUCCGGGUCGGCUAUCAGUGCCGGGCGGAUCAAGGGCCUGCGGGGAAGCUCUCUGAAGGAGCUGCACAAUGCUGUGUUUGAUGUCAUUGACGGGUCAAUCACGAGCGGCGCCGUGCGUGUUGGGUUGGGGUCCAGUGUUUAUGGGUUUGUUGGUCGCUGGGUGCCAAGGGGGUUGGUAGCCUGGAUGAUGGGGAUUCGGAAAGUGGACGCAUUGGCGAGGUGGCAGACAAACAGCGGUUCGUCGGCUCUUGGGAGUCCGAAAUCUACGGGGAGCGAUGCGGAAGGGGCGGCUGGGAGCGACUCGUUUAUUGCGGUGCCGCCUUUGGAGCAUGUCGGGGAUGCAAAUGUCUGGAAGGAAGGUUGAACAGAAAACAAUAUUGGGAACCCUAUUGGCGUUUAGGAGUUGGAGGCUGGUGCAGGAACACCUAGCUCAUCCAAGACAGUUCACGAUUCUCUCCUCAAUGAAGAUGGAUGAAGAGAAAUGAUGCAUCUUUCAAUGGGCCGACGUGUGAUGACGAGCGCUGGAAAUGCUG